GCGGCUUGUGGCGCUAAAUGGCCUGACCACCCCGCACGAAGAUGAAGAGGGGAAGACGAAGAAGAUCAUCAGAUUCAAUUCCACAGACUAUUGUAUUCACCCAGCCGUGUGUUCGAAGUAGCUAUACUAAGGCUCAGGGUUUGAGUCGCUGGUAUACUGCGUAUCCAAUAACCUCUCAACAAAAAGAAACUUGAGAUCCAUGCCGGAAAUAUGACGGAUUUAUCAGCUUGCAGGACUUUACAGCGGUAGGCAACAAUUAGAGCACAUGCUGGAUUGGUCCCUCGGAUGGCGGCAUAAUAAGCCGGAUUUGCAUAAGCCUCUGAUAUACCGAUAUCCUGACCUCAGUCAGAUGACUAGAAACCCCUCAGGAAAAGAGGGGGCCGGAGGCAUCCUAGAUCAAGACAAUCAACAGAUUCAGGAUCCACACCCUAUUGAGCAGUAACCGGAUCGAAUACGGCGAUAGCGUAUCCAACACACUUAAAGGGAUGCAUUGAUGAUGUGUAACUAGAUAAGGCAAGAGAAUCAGGCUGUACGGUCUGUACUGCUGAGAAUAGGAUGCUGAACACUUGGAGAAAUUGGCCUUCAAGCAGGCCCGUCACCCAGAGUCAAGCGAGGCGAGAUUAAUCAGCGGACGAGGAAGAAU